AUGAGCCACCAGCAACAGCCCCCUCCACCCCCUCGGCCACCACCCCCUCUUUACUUCCCCUCCCUCUAUGACCGAACCACCCAAAGCACCACUCUAGCCGACUGCAGCCUCUGGCGGAAGCUUUUUGUGCCCCUGCGAGGGGGUGAAGCAGGGUCCGCUGGGCCUCAGAGACCUCCGCCGGGCCUUGGGCUCCUCCCACCCACCAAUGAGCGCUGCUGUCCACCUCCCUGGCCAGCUGGCCUGGCCCCCAUCCCCUAUGAGCCAUUGCGCUUCUUCUGCCCUGCUGCUGAGGGCACCGCCCAGCGGGGAGCGGCACACCAGCAGCCAGAUGGGGAGAUCUGUGAGCUUGGCAUCCGCCUGAAGGAGCUGGAACUUCUGGCCCUCACUGGGGAUGGCUUAGACCCACAACAGUAUAAGCUUCUGAAGGCACUGAAAGAUGAAAAGACGCAAGAUGUAAUGACAGGAUUGCCUCUAAAGAAACAUUCACCUGCAUCAUGA